AUUUAUUUGGAUCAGAUCCAAUCCAUUAUCAUGUUGCGCAGAUCAAAACGUACAUGUAAGUCAAAAGAAACUGUUGAAAAUAAUUCUUGUGAACCACCAAUCAAACGUAAACGUGGUCAACAACUAGAAGUUUCUGUUAUUGAUUCAUCAACUGAAGAUAACAAUUCUGAUGAUGAGUUAGUUGAAACUUGUAAUACUUUCAUUAAAAAUUCUUGUACUUUAAAUUUAUCAGAAUCUGAUAGCGAUAAUGAUGAUCAAGAUUGUAUCAAGCCCAAUGUGAAAACAUUGGAACAGUCUGAUACUGAAAGUGAAGUUGAUGAAAAUGUUUGUCAAACAAAUUUUGAUUUCACCACUCUUUCAAAACCUCAAGAUUCUACAGAACUUCCCAAAAGUAAUGUAAAAUCUGAGACUUUUGACACUUCGGUAGAAAAUAGUCUUUAUGAUAAUAUGGAUGUUGCUAAAAUCUUAUCUGUAGGAGAAGGAGUUAAUUUAGGAACUGUAUUAAAAAAUGUUGAUGAUACUUUGAAAGAAGAAAUGAAACGUAAUGAUGACUAUACUAUUCCUGAAACGGUUGAAAUCACUGUUAAACUUCCAAAUGAUAUAAAGUGUAAAAAAGGUCAAGAUAUGGAAAAUAUUCUUAGGAGACGUAUGAAUUCAAUAUGUAAAGAUACUCAAGUUUUAAUUCAUAAAGUAAAUUUACUUUUAUGGAUUUCUUAUGGUAAUAAUUUGAACAGUGUUCUUAAUUCACCAGAGGUUAUGGGUUCAGCAUUAUCUCUAGUACCUUCUAAAAAAGCAUAUCCUCCAAAGCAGUGUGAUUUGAAUUAUUUAGAAAAUUUUAUAAAAUGGUUUUCUAAAACAAUAAAAUUAACUUCAAAAACUGAUCCAUUAUGUGAAAUAAAUGUAUUAUCUUUAGUUGAUAACUUUUCAAAAUGUGAAGCUAAAACAAGAUAUGAACUUAUUUCAAUGUUUAUUUCUUUUUUAAGAUCAUUAGGAUUGAAUGUAAGGUUAGUGAUUAAUUUAAAUGUUGUCUCAAUCAAACCAAGUUCUGAACAAUUGUUGGGUCCUAUAAUAGAGGAUGAUCAUUUGAAACCAUCUACUAGUAAAGCAAAUGUAGAUAAUAAAAAAAAAACUUCAUCAAAAUCAGAAUAUUUCAAGAAAACAUCAAGUAAACUUAAAAAAAAUAAAAAAGAUCUUGAAAUUAAAAGUAAUAAAAUAGAUGAAAAAAAAAACCCUAAAGUGAAUAAAAUUAUGUAUGAAAAUAAUUCUUCAAGUGAUAAAGAAGAUGAUAUUUUUGUAAAAAGCAAAAACAGUGCUAAAUCUGAGUAUUUUAAUAAAAUAUCAAACAAAGCUCAAUCUGGUUUAGAAAAAGCUGACUUAAAAAAAUUAAAAUCAGUUAACACAAAAAAAAAAGAAAUAAAAAAAAAAUCUUUGAUAAGUGAAAAAAUUGAUCGCCGUGUUCUUUCAACUGAUGAAGAAGACCAUUUAAUGCAGAAUAAUGAAACAGUUACUAAAAAAAAAGUAAAAAAUGAUUUUUGGGUGGAAGUAUUCCUGGAAAUGGAAGAAAAAUGGUUUUGUGUGGAUGUUAUAGGCCAGCGUAUUCAUUGCAUCAAAGAAAUAUAUAAUGGUACAUCUCAUCCUAUGCGUUAUGUUUUGGCUUGGUAUAACGACAAUAGUAUCAAAGAUGUUACAAAGCGAUAUGAUCCAUAUUUUCAUACUCUAACACGAAAAAUUCGCGUGGAUCCUAAAUGGUGGAAAACUACUUUACGACCUUACACUCCCACGGGGUCAGCUAGGGAACGUGAGGAGGAUGAAGAACUAAAUAAACAAUUAGAAGAAAUACCAUUACCUAAAACAGUUUCAGAGUAUAAAAAUCAUCCAUUGUAUGCCCUAUCAAGACAUUUGCUAAAAUUUCAAGCCAUUUAUCCGCCAGAUCCACCAAUUGUUGGAUAUGUUAGAAAUGAACCAGUUUAUUUACGAGAAUAUGUUCAUGAACUUAAUGGUAGAGAAAAUUGGUUAAAAGAAGCCCGUGUAGUUAAAAUGGGGGAAAAAUCUUAUAAACAAGUUAAAGCCCGUCCUAGGUUUGAUCGGAAUGGUGUGCGAACAGAUCCUCCACCAUUAGAAUUGUUUGGUUUUUGGCAAACUGAACCCUACAGUCCUCCAACUGCUACUAAUGGUCAAGUUCCUAGAAAUUGUUAUGGCAAUGUUGAUUUGUUUAAACCUUGCAUGUUACCAAUAGGAACCGUUCAUCUUCAACUUCCUGGGUUACUGCGUAUUGCAAAAAAACUAAACAUUGAUUGUGCUCCUGCAGUUGUAGGUUUUGAUUUUCAUGCAGGUGGAUCCCACCCAGUAAAUGACGGUUUUGUAGUAUGUCAAGAAUUUAAAGACACUUUAAUAGAUGCAUGGAACCAAGAAAUUGAGGAAAGUCGUAAGCGAGAGCAAAAAAGAUAUGAAGAUAGAGUUUAUGGUAAUUGGAAACGAUUAGUAAGAGCUCUCCUUAUUCGCGAAAGAUUGAAGAUUAAAUAUAAUUACUUUGGAGGUGAUAAAGAAGGCCAGUCUACAUCUAAGACAACUGAUAACAAAAAAUAAAGUCUAUUAUAUAAGUAUAUUUAAUUAUAAUUUGUAGAAUUCAAUAGUAAUGAAUAUUUAA